UACCAGAGCAGUAAUUCUCGAUGUUAAACGCUUCUCUUUGUCAUGCUAUUCUCUCUCCAUCUCUCUCUCUAGAAAACUGGUAAUAUAUGAGCAGAAUAGGCUCCGGUGGAGAUCGCUGAUCCUAUCCUCCACGGAUGCCUCUGGCCAUUGUCUCCUACUGCCGGAACCCUAAAUUUUCUCUUCGACUAGCUAGAUCUGGAAACCCAAACCGUCGAUCUUCGGGCUGCCUUCGCUUUCCAUUGUUCUUCUCCCUUGUCCAGCAAAUCCGUUCUACGAGCGCAGAGGGGGAUCUGUUUGGCUAGGGAUUUUAGCUGCAGUGAGAACUGUUGUAAUUCAUUUAUUUGGCGGUGUUUGGCAUUGGAUGCUUAAAGGGAUAAAUUGAAAUUAUUCAUAAUUCAGCGUUCUGGUUCAGAGGGCGACCUGCCCCGUGGGGUCGAGUUCACGCCCAUCCCUCUGGCUCGAAGGGUGAAUUCAUCGCAUUCCAUUCUGAUGGAUGAAGACAUAGAGAAUGGAAGUCUGGUAUCGUUCCAGGAGAAACCGAGGACAUUUCCCGAUAUGCGGACUAAACCUUACACCCCCUUGAUUUUUCAGAUUUUUACUAGAAUAAAUGCACGGGUCUUAGCUGUCUUGUUACUGCUGAUCCUUGGAGCUGUGCUUUAUGUUGGAGCUACUACUUCACCUAUCGUUGUGUUUGUCUUUUCUAUUUGCAUAGCAGGCUUCAUUUUCUCAGCCUAUUUAACAAGAUGGGUUCUAGCAAAGGAUGAGGGACCCCCUGAAAUGUCACAGGUAUCAGAUGCCAUACGUGAUGGAGCAGAAGGUUUUUUCAGGACUCAAUAUGGAACUAUUUCCAAGAUGGCAGUAUUACUAGCUCUUGUUAUUCUUAGCAUAUAUCUUCUCCGCAGUACAACUCCACAGCAAGAAUCAUCUGGUCUAGGAAGGUCAACAACCGCAUUUAUUACAGUUGCUGCUUUUCUUCUAGGCGCUUUAUGUUCGGGCAUUGCUGGAUAUGUUGGGAUGUGGGUUUCAGUUCGUGCAAAUAUUCGAGUUGCGAGCGCUGCUAGGCGUUCAGCUAGGGAGUCUUUACAGAUAGCCGUUCGAGCUGGUGGCCUAUCAGCCAUGGUGGUUGUUGGCAUGGCUGUACUUGGUGUGGCAGUCCUUUAUGCUACAUUCUAUGUGUGGCUUGGUGUAGAUUCACCUGGUUCAAUGAAGGUUGUAGACUUGCCUCUUCUCCUUGUUGGAUAUGGUUUUGGUGCCUCGUUUGUUGCUCUUUUUGCCCAGUUAGGUGGGGGAAUUUUCACUAAAGCAGCAGAUGUUGGAGCUGAUCUUGUUGGUAAAGUAGAACAGGGUAUACCUGAAGAUGAUCCUCGAAAUCCGGCUGUCAUUGCUGAUCUGGUUGGUGAUAAUGUGGGUGAUUGUGCUGCUCGAGGAGCUGAUCUUUUUGAGAGCAUAGCUGCAGAAAUCAUCAGUGCAAUGAUACUCGGAGGAACAAUGGCUCAGCACUGCAAAAUUGAAGAUCCAUCAGGGUUUAUCCUAUUUCCUCUUGUUGUCCAUUCUUUUGACCUUGUGGUAUCUUCUGUUGGAAUUCUCUCAAUUCGUGGAACACGUGAACUUGGAUCUAAGGUUCCGGUAGAAGAUCCUAUGGCAAUUCUCCAGAAAGGCUAUUCUAUCACAAUAGUGUUAGCCGUUAUAGCUUUCGGAGUGUCUACGCGGUGGCUUCUUUAUACCGAACAAGCACCGUCCGCAUGGUUAAAUUUUGCAUUAUGUGGAUUGGUGGGCAUUAUAACAGCUUAUGCUUUUGUGUGGAUCUCCAAAUAUUACACAGACUACAAGCAUGAGCCUGUACGAACUUUAGCACUUUCAAGUGCUACAGGGCAUGGAACUAAUAUAAUUGCAGGUGUAAGUCUUGGCUUGGAAUCCACAGCUCUUCCUGUUCUCGUGAUUAGUUUAGCCAUCAUCUCAGCAUAUUGGCUUGGGCAAACAUCUGGCCUGAUGGAUGAAAAUGGGAACCCAACUGGUGGCCUUUUUGGUACAGCGGUUGCUACGAUGGGAAUGCUUAGCACUGCAGCUUAUGUUCUUACCAUGGACAUGUUUGGGCCAAUUGCUGACAAUGCUGGUGGAAUUGUUGAGAUGGGACAGCAGCCUGAGAGUGUUCGAGAAAUAACAGAUGUGCUUGAUGCUGUGGGCAACACCACCAAGGCUACUACGAAAGGUUUUGCCAUUGGGUCUGCUGCGCUCGCUUCUUUUCUUCUUUUCAGUGCAUAUAUGGAUGAAGUUGCUGCAUUUUCUCACCUCCCUUUUAAACAGGUGGACAUUGCAAUCCCUGAGGUUUUUGUUGGUGGUUUGUUAGGUUCAAUGCUUAUAUUUGUAUUUAGUGCUUGGGCAUGUGCGGCCGUUGGAAAAACAGCUCAGGAGGUUGUUAACGAAGUCCGUAGACAGUUUAUCGAGAGGCCAGGAAUUAUGGAAUAUAAUGAGAAACCAGAUUAUGGCCGUUGUGUUUCGAUUGUGGCGUUUGCAUCUUUAAAGGAAAUGAUAAAACCGGGUGCUUUGGCAAUUGUCUCACCUGUUGUAAUUGGGGUUCUUUUCAAAAUGUUGGGUCAGGUCACCGGUCAGCCACUUCUUGGUGCCAAAGUGGUGGCAUCUCUGCUUAUGUUUGCAACAGUGGCCGGCAUACUUAUGGCUCUGUUCCUAAAUACCGCUGGAGGUGCUUGGGAUAAUGCCAAGAAGUUCAUUGAAACUGGUGCACUCGGUGGUAAAGGUAGCGAUUGUCACAAGGCAGCAGUUACUGGUGAUACCGUGGGAGAUCCAUUCAAAGACACUGCAGGUCCUUCUCUUCAUGUCCUCAUCAAAAUGCUUGCCACCAUUACUUUAGUCAUGGCUCCCCUAUUUCUGUGACAGAUCUUCUCCACCUUUUCUUCAACCCACCAUAUUUUUCUCAAUCCCUCAUUACUGUAAAUGCUCAUUGGUUUCCUCCAGAACAAUUUUAGAACAAGAAUGCCUGAUCAGGUGCUAAGGUUUUGUUUUAACUCGAAAGCUUGAUUAUUUGCAGAGUAUCAUGCUCUAUGCUGCUAGGGAUUGUCAAAAAAAAAAAAAAGUUUUGAUCUGCUUUUUGAUCAAUUAUAAUCGACUUUAUAAAUUAGCGGUUUGGAUAUUUCAAUCUGUAUUGAUUUGUAUGUAAAACAUGAAUAUUUGAUAAAAUCUACGUUGCAUGGUUCAUCCUUGCAGGGAACGUUCUUCAUUAUGUUAUUGCUUGAUGAGACUGAGGGAUGUAGAACAUACCCACCCAAAU